GCGCAUCAGAUGAUUUUGUAUCAAGUAACUUGCAAAAUGGCUGAAGUAGCUCCAGCUCCAGCGCCUGCUCCACCUCCGACGGCGCCGGCGAAAAGCGGCGCCAAGAAGAAGGCACCUUCCAAGGCGAAAACUCCGGGACUCAGCGCCAGCGAGCUGAUCCUCCAGGCGGUAGGGGUGUCCAAAGAGCGCAAUGGCGUAUCUCUGGUCGGCCUAAAGAAGUUCCUAACUUCUAAGGGCUACGACGUGGAGAAGAACAAAGCUCGCCUGAAGACGGUCAUCAAGACAAUGGUGGCUAAGGGAAUCAUUGUUCAGACGAAAGGUUCUGGCGCUUCCGGCUCAUUCAAACUGAACAAAAAGGUGGACGCUAAGAAGCCAAAAGCGCCCGGCAAGACCAAGAAAACCACCACGAAAGCGAAGCCCACCAUUCAGAAGGUAUUACCCAAGAAGCCAGCAGCGAAUAAACCCGCGAAAAAGAGCGUGAAAGCGGUGACGCCUAAAGGGAAAACGUCCGUCAAGAAAGCCGCGGCGCCGGCGAAGAAGUCCCCGGCGGUUAAGAAGACUCCCGCCGCUAAGAAGACAACUACAGCCGCUAAGAAGGUUUCUAAACCCAAAUCUGUCAAGAGAGCAGCACCCAAGAAGAAGUAAAUUAACUUUUUUUCUACACCAAAGGCUCUUUUAAGAGCCAUCACAAUGACUUUAUAGAGCAAUAUUACUUUGUUGUUUAUUUGGACAUCGAGUCUGUUAAUAAAUCAAUUAACGCUUGCUGAGCGAGGAAAAGUGCCUGCAAUACAAAGUUACAUCGGCAGAUGGCAUCAAAACCCUCUAAUAAGAAAAUAUAUUUUAUUGUACUAUACCUAUAUGUAUGUACUUUUGUUAAACUAUUCCACAUUGCAUAUUUUUAUUUCAUUUAGUGUAAUGAGUCACAACUGUGGAUCACUCAACUCAUUAGCUGCCAAUGACGCUGAUAGACGUCCAUUCAAAUUUUGAGUUGUGCAGGCUUGGUCAGCCCUUCCCAGUCAAAAUGAUUUGGAUUUGGGCGUCUGUUGCAGUCAAUGGCAGCCAAUAAUUAGCUUUAAAUUGUGUAUCAGCUAGCUGGGGUGUCAUAUUAAGUAUCCAUAUUGAAUGUAUUUUAGUCUACAACGAGGUUUUCAUAAGCAUGUCUUUUAAACAACAACAAAAUACACGCAUAAAGUUGACUUAAA